UAUUCGACGGGGUCUUCUUUAUUUCGUCUCGGAUUCUUCGUUACGGCAUCGGCGCUGGAGACGGUCGACGAUCGCGGCGGCGGCGGCGGCGGGUGGAGCGGGAGGUUAUGCCGAGAGGCAUUGAGGCGACGCCAUUGUGUAUUGCUGGGGGUCUAGAACUUACGGCAGGAUAUGGAGCAUGUGCUCUUUUGCUCAAGCUGCUUCCAGUGCCGAGUCUUACUUCUCCAGGAAGUUCUUGGAUGGCGCUUCUUUGUUUUCGGAGACUUCCUUCUUAGUUCAUUUAUUAACUGUACUUGAGAGGCCAGCUGAACUUUUAUGAUCAUCAAGGGUGGUCUGAUGCAACUUUUUACUGAAGUUGACGUUGAAUCUACGCUUCAUUCUCCACCAGCCAACUUCAUGCACCCUAUUGAACAUGUGCAGUAGCUUUUACUAUUCUUCAGCAAACUUCAGUUUUGGCAGUGAUACAUCAACAUUGCUUCUGCCUGGAGUUUGUUUGAGGUCUUAGGAGCUUGCCACCAAAAAAAUCAUACGUUGGUAUGGUUCUACUCAAAUUAGUGUCAUGAUUCUGUGAUUCCUUUCCUUCUUGGAUAUUGGAGUAAAUUGGGUUUUCUGGGACAGUUUUCAGAUCUUGUAGGUUUCAUCCGUAUCUCCUCUAUCAUUUCCGCUAAACUUUUAGCUCAAAAGUCAUUUAGUGGUUGUUUGUCACAAUUCACUAGUCCGCUAGCUUUUAAAGUUUCGAGACAAAAUUCUUGGGCUAUAUAAGAUCUCCUGUGCAAGCUUUUGUGAGGAAAAUGAUCGUGGUCGAAAUAGAGCUUGCCGGAAGACGAGGCUUUCAGAUGCAUUGCUUGCCUUGUCUCUAGUAAGAAAACUCGGAAGUUUCUUUUUUGAAUAACGUGCUUAUGCGGAUACAACAUAUUCUUGGCAUCAGCAUCUUGUCUCUUAAAUAAACUAGUUGAAGCUGGCGCGGGAACAGUAGGAGCUCCACUACUGUACACCUUCAGCUGGAAAAAUGGAAAGGUACAAGGUAAUUAAGGAAGUUGGUGAUGGAACAUUUGGGACUGUUUGGCGUGCAAUAAAUAAACAAAGCGGUGAAGUUGUAUGUGCUACCGUUGCAAUUAAGAAAAUGAAGAAAAAGUAUUGCUCUUGGGAGGAGUGCGUGAACCUUCGUGAAGUGAAGUCUCUCCGGAGGAUGAACCAUCCGAACAUUGUGAAGUUGAAGGAAGUCAUCAGGGAGAACGACAUGUUAUUCUUUGUCUUUGAGUACAUGGAAUGCAACCUUUAUGAGCUGAUGAAAAGCAGGGGCCAGCCUUUUCCAGAAUCUGAAGUCCGGAAUUGGUGCUUUCAGAUAUUCCAAGCUUUGGUUCACAUGCAUCAGCGUGGCUAUUUCCAUCGUGACCUUAAGCCUGAAAAUCUAUUAAUCACAAAAGAUGUCAUCAAGUUAGCAGAUUUUGGGCUUGCUCGUGAGAUUUCUUCAGAACCACCCUAUACAGAAUACGUCUCCACCCGGUGGUAUCGAGCACCUGAAGUUUUGCUUCAAGCUUCUAUUUAUAACUCUGCAGUUGAUAUGUGGGCGAUGGGUGCUAUAAUUGCUGAGCUUUUCACACUCCGUCCACUUUUUCCUGGCAAAAGUGAAGCAGAUGAGAUAUACAAAAUAUGCAGUAUUCUCGGUACUCCCAAUAAAAACAUUUGGGCUGAAGGAUUACAGCUUGCUGAUGGCAUCAGCUAUCAGUUUCCACAGCUUCCAAGCAUCCAUCUGUCAACAUUACUCCCAACCGCCAGCGAUGAUGCAAUCAGCCUUAUCUCGUUGCUCUGUUCCUGGGAUCCUAGUAAAAGGCCCACCGCAGCAGAGGCCCUUCAGCAUCCUUUCUUUCAGUCAUGCUUUUACAUCCCGCCGUCACUUCGCUCUAGCAGAUUAACAGGAUAUGCAGCAACUCCACCGUCUGUUGGGACAAAAGCAGCAUUGGAGCAGAAGAAUACCCGAAGAUAUUCUUCCAUUGGGGCUUUUCCCAAUACCAAACCAGCCAUCAAUUUCCCAUCCUCAAAUGCCAAUGCUCCUGUUAGAGCAGGCGUCCAGAGGAAACUAGAGAUGGAUUAUCAGGACAUGGUGAAUAUUCAGAAACCUACGCAAAACUAUCAUCCAAAGGAACCUCGAUACCAACCCCCUGCACGACAGUACUUAGGACAUAAAAUGGGCGGCGACUUUCAAAGGGUUUCGGACGUGUCUGAUAAACUCUCUCGGCUGUCUGUGAACACCAACAGCAGCAACAUGGCUUGGAACGCCAGCGAGAACCCUGCACGCUUUGCAAAGCAGUCGCCAUCACCUACUGUUGCUAUUAUGAAAUCCGGAGGAGGCGGGUGGCACAAUGAUAAUAGGCACCCCGAUUUUCGGACGGCCCUGAGGAAUCCCAUCUCCAAGAAGUACCUUUCCUAGAAAGCUGAAGUUCGGCGAAAGUGGUAUGUGUGCCGUGUGCGCAUCUUUGUCUGUAAUAAGUGUCAUCGAUCCACACACCGGAGUUUGCUGCGUGGCUUUGCUUGUUUGCUAGACAAUUUGGGACAUCUUAAAACACUACUUUUCUUUGGUAAAUAUCUAUAUGGCUCCGUUUGGUUCGGGAAUUA